UGCCGGGCCCGGCUUGGAGGAGGCGGGUGAGUCGGGACCGGGGAGGGAAAGAACUCUGCUUAUAUCGGAAAGAGGUCUUGUAACAGAAAUAUUAAGUAGAGGAACACAUAUGUCAAGACUUGGGGAAAAUAAAGUUAAAUCCCAUAGAGAACAAGCAAUGGGUCAAGAAGCUGGCAAACCUGCCUGGCCCAAACCAGCCGGAGGAUAUCAGACCAUUACAGGGAGACGAUAUGGAAGAAGACACGCGUAUGUCAGUUUUAGACCAUCUUUGAUGAAUCAAGACAGAAAUUCAAGCCAACAGAAUGGAGAAUGUGAAGGAUUAGAAUUAGACGAUGUUCAAAAAGAGAAGUCUUUAUGUCCCAGUCCAUUGGUUCAAGUUUGUUCUGCUUUAUCAGAUGAACCUUCAUUACAGAGUGGUGGAUCUGAAGUUCCUGUUUGUAGAACUGUAUUGAGGCAAAUUGUUAAAACAAACACAUCACCAUUUUCUCCAGUAUGCUACAAUCAAACCUCAAGGAGCAGUAUGAAUCCUGAUAAAAUUCCUGAGGACUGUGCAGAGUAUACUUCUGGCGACUGUAGUGAUCUGAAUGGUCAGAAUGGAAUUGCUUUUGUAAACAUCGACUCCUAUGAGCCAGAUAGCAGUGAUGGAGAGGAUGAUGGUGGACAAGUUGAUUUUUCCUUAGCAAAAGAGGAAGCAGGCUUAUUUCAGGAAACACUGGAUCACAUGCUUUCUGAGUUGGAGAAAGAGGUAGAGUCCUUCAGUGGCAUACAGUCACGAUUGUCUACUUUUAAUCAUAAUGCUUCCAGAGAAGUUUCUGAAGAACAAGGACCAGUGUCUUCAAUGAGAUAUUAUACCAUAGACUCAGAUCUUGGCCAUCGAAAUAAUAGGACAUUUAAAAAAUCACCUGCUGAAGAUGAAGUUAUAGGAAAAAAUAACUUAAGUGGUAGUGCCAGUUGCGAAACACAACAGAGAAAAAUUAUAGCUGAUGUUGCCAUCAGGACCCCAGUAGGGAUUUGUAAUGAACUGAAUACCAGUGAUGGCAAGACUGACCAAGGAAAUUCACCUGAACUGGUAGUGAGACCUAAAGUUAGAAAACAAAAUGCUACAAACCCGUUGGAUGGAAAAAAGCUCACUAGUGAUGAUGAGGCGAAAAGCAGUACUAGAAGGAGGAGUGAAAUUUUCGAAGCCCAGCAAGGCAGUGCAGAACAUGCCUUGAGAAAUAGCAAAGAAAAAAUGAAUUCCAGUAUGUUCUUUGACCCAAGAGACUAUGAAGGUACUCAAAAGAAAACAGAAAAUGAUCUAAAAAGUAAUGUAACCACCCAAGAAAGAACAUCUGUAGUAGAUGAUAGUGCUUUCUGGGAUGAAUUUGAAGAUUGCAGCAGGCAUUUACCUGGUUCCAACAAAGAUGAAGACAGUUCUGAAUGCAGUGAUGGGGAGUGGUCUGCAUGUUUGCCCUCCUAUUUUGCUGCUACAGAAAAAGACCAAUCCUCCAGCGAUGAAAGCUGGGAGACUCUGCCAGGCAGGGAGGAACGUGAACCUGAAGUGCAGAGCAACAGCAGUGGCCUAGAAGAGGAAAACACAGACUUCUGUUUCCAAGGCGGGGAACAGACCUCUUUGGAAGAGGGAGAGAUUCCUUGGCUGCAGUACCAUGAAGAAAUUGAAAGUAGCAGUGAUGAGGAAAAUGAUCCAGUUAGCCAUUUUGUGCAUCCAGGAUUUUUCAUGUUGGAUGGGAACAACAACCUUGAGGAUGACUCCAGUAUGAGUGAAGACUUAGACAUGGAGUGGAGACUACUUGAUGAAUUUAGUGAUGGCCUAGGAGUUGCUCAAGCCAUUUCUUAUGUGGAUCCUCAGUUUCUCACAUAUAUGGCACUGGAGGAGCGUUUGGCACAGGCCAUGGAGGUAACAAGCAUGUUCAUGGAAAUGACUUAUCAUCGUCUACAGACUGCUUUGGCACAUCUGGAGUCUCUUGCAGUUGAUGUUGAGCAAGCUCAUCCACCAGCCAGCAAAGAAAGCAUAGACUGUCUGCCACAGAUUAUUACUACAGAAAAUCACAAUGCUGUUGGUCAGGAGCAGUGUUGUGCUAUCUGUUGCAGUGAGUAUGUGAAAGAUGAAAUAAUAACUGAGCUGCCCUGUCACCAUUUCUUUCACAAACCCUGUGUAACACUUUGGUUACAGAAGUCAGGAACAUGCCCGGUGUGUCGUCAUGUGCUUGCACCUGUACUCCCCGAAGCAGCAGCUGCUGCUACUUCCUUUCUCUCUGAUCAUGAUUCCCCUCUUUCAGUCCACAGUGCUGCAGGAACACAAUAAAAUUAACCUCUGGAAUGAGAUGUUGCCCCAGCAAACUAAAAAUGUAAAUGUCUCCUGUUUUAAUUACAGUGUGAAAACAAUUAUAUAUAAAAUAUAUUAUAUAUAAAUGCUAUAUAUAGUAUAUAUUUUAGUUUAGAAAGAGAAUGUAAAACUUUCUAAACUAUUUAGAUUUACAAUAAUAGCUAAAAUUUUCAAACUGAAAGUUAGAAAAAUUUGCAUCAGUUUUCUGCAAUAGAACAUCUUGCUGUUAACCAUAAUAUCUAAGGCUUGUAUUACGUUAAAUUUGUCAAAAGAAUUAUCAUUAAUGUGGCACUUUAUGUGUUCAAGUUCUUGCAACUGCAGUGCAGUUGGAGCUUAUUAAAGUUAUGCUUAUAACCUAUUUUACAUAAUAUAACUGAACAAUGUGUUGUUUUUUUUGUCAAAGAUAGUGGCACCAAGUGACUUUGUUAUUGAUCUCUCAUAUUUGCAUCAAAUGUGAAGACGUUCUGUGAUCACAGCAGUAGUAAAAUUUGGUUUCACUGGAAAUAAACUGCAUAAUAAUACA